AUGAUUGACCAGUCUCAGACAUGUCCAAGCUGCAGAUCUAGCAAAUACAGUAAUCCACAGUUAAAACUGAUGGUAAACGUAUGUGGUCACUCUUUGUGUGAAAAUUGCGUUGAAGUACUAUUUGUUCGAGGUUCCGGUUUGUGUGCCCAAUGCAAAACUCCAAUACGCAAGACAAAUUUCCGCUAUCAGCUGUUUGAAGACCCUCUAGUACAAAAGGAAAUAGAUAUUCGUAAAAAGUUACUAAGCGAUUUUAACAAACGUGAAGAUGAUUUUGAUUGCUUGGAAGAGUACAAUCUCUAUUUAGAAAAAGUAGAAAGUUUAAUUUACAACCUCACAAACGAUAUAAAUGUCGAAGAAACUAAACGUUAUAUUGAGAACUAUAAGAAAGAAAACAAAGAGAUAAUCAAGAAAAACCGAACCAGACCAUCCUCCUCGAUGGCGUUUUACGAUUCCGAAUUAGAACGGGAAUGUAUGUUGAGGGAAAAGCGAGAACGCGAGGAAGAAGAGGAAGGUGGAACUCUAAAAGGACUAGAAAAUAACCAUGGCUCUAAUGAUCCUAAUGGUUCAAUAACAACUGAAUCUGAAGGAGAAAAAAGAAAGAACAGUAUUCCCCCAACACCCCGAACAAAUAUGCUCAUUCCACCUGCCUCAGCUUUUGGACACCGAAUGCCUACAACAUUUGUUCCACCAUCAGUGUACGCUCCUCCUUCAUUCAUACCACCACCUACCCAGGCCACGGGACAUGCACCCAGUUCUGCGUUCCCAGUACGCCCACUAGUUACUCCUGUGAGCGGCUUUAUGGCACCACCUUCCAUGCUCCCCAUAGCUCCACCCACUGGUAGUCUCACAAACAACUGGAUCAGUGGAGCACAUCAUAUGAUACAACUUCCUCCCACGUCUUCUAUUCGCAAGCAGCAGGACACUGUUUUGAUUCCCAGCCAAAAUGCAGGUCAAAACACUAAAAAUCAUACAGCUAAACUUCAGUUUGUUUAUGAACCUUACUUAGUUGAGCUAUGUGGUCCUAUGCCACCACUUUCCAGUAAUCAGCAUAUUCGUUGGACUGAUGUUCUUCAAAUGUAUGAAAAAGCUGUAAUUGCUAGGCUCAAUCAUCAAGGACAAACAUCUACAUAUACUUCUGAAAUCAAGCAGAAAUUAGAGACUGAAGACGAAUUUAAGGAUGGAGAUUUCGGUAGAGAGACCGUUGUUGAUGUUAAACCAAAUUACAAGACGGAAGAAAGUUUUCUAGAUGAUCGAAUCAAAAAAGAGUAUGAUAGUGACGAGAGUAACGAUGCUGAUAAUAAAAUCAACGUUUCAAAAGUUGAAGACUCCAGUCAAACAACUAAGUCUGUAGGUCUUUCUUGUCAACUGACUGCUGGAGCUUGUGAUGCUUUAGCAACAAGAAUCUUCUCUCUCACCACUUACUACAGACCUACUUCUAUAUUUUUUCAAGUGUAUUCAAUCAAGUAUUUAUCAAAGUUGCAAAUGACUACCGACAUAAGUCAUGUGAGCGAACAAGUUCCAUGUGCAGAAAAGUACUCGGAGUUAGAAGGUGUUUUGAAACCGUGUAGUAAACUUCCACCAACGAAUGAAAUGAAGCUAGAUCGAUCUUACUUUAAACGUAAAGUUCCAAUGAUAUUCGUCGGUAUUCCAUGUGAUAAAUAUGUAAAGAAUUCUAUAGAGAAAUUGAAACCAUUUUUCUCGCCUUUCAUCCGAUUACCCAAAAUAUCAAAAACUUACCUAGAUUCAAAUGGAUCAUUGCGUAAAUUGAUGCUGAUUCAAAUGCCUGAACCGGAUAAAAUCUUGCGGUUAAUAUCUGACUUACAUCAAUGGGAUGUUGACUUACCUAAAGAUUACUCGAAUAUUCAGCCAGUUGAUUUCUCUGUAACAAACUUGCCUGAAUCCUUAAACGACGUGAAAGUUGGCAAUUCACUAAACGAUGAAGCAUUUCAAAAAGUUAGUACUGUAGACGAAGAAAGAAAUAUUUUAGAAAAUAUGGUUUCUUCACCAUGUUUUGUAAAUAUAUCGAUCACUUAUGAAAAUUUUACAUUUGAACAAGUUAUCAAAGAAUUAUUGCCUGAUUUCAUCUUGCCUAUUACUGGAUUUACUGUAAUUGGUCAUGUUUUACAAUUUAAUCUCAAACCUGAAGCAUUACCUUACCGUCAUAUAAUUGGUCAAGUUGCACUUGAUAAAAUACCAAAUAUUCGUACAGUUAUUCAUAAAGUUUCUGUUAUUGAGUCAGCUUAUCGUACUUUUGAAAUGGAAUUACUUGCUGGUGUUCCUGAUUAUAUCACAUCAAUGCGUGAAAACAGUACAACAUUUCAUUUGGAUAUUAGUAAAGUUUACUGGAAUCCACGUUUAGGUACUGAACAUACACGAAUUGUUAACAGUUUACGUCCACCUCUUCCAAUGAGUGAUCCAUUUCUUACACCACGACCUAUUCCUGGCGAUCGUGUAGUUGUUUAUGAUGUAUUUGCUGGCAUUGGACCUUUCUCUAUUCCAGCUGGUCGAGCAGGAUGUCAUGUAUUGGCAAAUGAUCUAAAUCCGGAUUCAUUUAUUUGGCUUAAAAAAAAUGUUACUGAAAAUUCAUCACGUAAACAUCCUUUAAAAAAUAUUACCUGUUACAAUAUGGAUGGACGUGAAUUUAUUCGUGAAAUUCUUCUUCCACACUAUAUAAAAUACGGGUAUUCUGAUUCAAUCAAACGGAAUGAUUGUGAUCCUGUCUCACUAUCAAUUGAUCGUUUUGUGGUGAUUAUGAAUCUUCCUCAAUUGGCUAUUGAUUUUUUAGAUGCAUUUGUACCACCAACAAAUUGUAUCAAAUCAUCAUCCAAUGUGAUGAUUGAUAAUAACAAUAACAAUAAUCUCAAUGAUUCAUGUGUUACUCGUCCGAAAUUUAUCAAACCUUUACAUGUUUAUUGUUAUUGUUUUAUGAGACGUAAUAUUGAAUCGGAACAAACUAUACAGAUACGUUUAGCUAAAGCUUUAAAUACAAAUAUUACAGAUUUAUUUCAAUUUGUCAAUUCAACAACAAAUCCACCAAUGAAUAACUUGAAAGCUGAACAAACUAAUCAUGAUCAAUGUUUCAUAAGAAAUUGGAAUUAUCGUUUUGUACGCAAUGUUGCUCCAUUCAAAGAUAUGUAUUGUACGGAAUUUGAAUUGUACUUGCCAACAUUUUGGUUAUUUUAUGAUUAUUCAAGUCCAGCAGCAAAACGUUCACGAAUCACUGAGGCUGAAAGUAAAUGA